AUGGCUUCUAGCAACUGCGUUAUCCAUGAUUACUUCCACUAUGAACUAAAACUAAAAUUUUGCCCACUGGAGAAGCAAGAAAUCAUCAUUGAGAAAGUGGUUCGUAACAAACGGAAAUGUGUGACGAUUGUGAAAGACCUUGAGCUCUUUGGUGUCAAACUGAGUGAAGCUUCAAAGAAACUUGGUAAAAAGUUUGCUACUGGAGCCUCUGUUGUAAAGGGGCCAACUGAAACGGACCAAAUUGACGUCCAAGGAGAUAUUUCCUAUGAUAUUGUUGAGUUCAUAACUGAGACGUGGCCAGAUGUAAGUGGCUUUUUUUUUGUCCUUACAUAUGUUUGGUGCUAUUCAUGUGCAAUCGAAGAAUAG